AUGCUACGAGUUGAUGUGGCUGUGAUCUAUGGGGUGGAGUUGGUGUCUUCCCAUCGUGCUAUCGUGAAGUGUGCUGCAGAAGAGGAUUACCAGGUGUUUUUGCUCCAUGACGAGGGGCGGUCGUUUCCGCUGCCGGACGCUGCUGGUUUAGUCGUUGUCUCUGACCGGAGUGGUGCCCUUACUUUCAUUAGUGUACAUGGUGCGCCCCUCGAGUUCCCGGAGGAGCUGCGGCGGAGACUGUUCUGGGUGGUGAGCUGGGUCAUGUCCCUCACUGCUUGCUGUUACUACAUCGGCCAGAACCUGACGGAGUACAGGAGUGCGCCCACCCUCACGUCCAUCGACUCCACCAACUACCCCAUCUCCAAGGUCGACUUUCCAUCGGUGACUUUCUGCAACUUCAACCAUAUUGUUAAGAGCCGGCGUCCGCCUCGUCAAGAGGAUGUCCUCGGCAGAGUGAAGUAUAAGGAGGACCAGUGGGCCACAAUGACCUUCGGCGUGUACCAGAACCUGUUCAGCGUCGAGCCCUUGUGGGAGCUGGUCAACUCCAGCGUCCUCCUCCUUGACAACCGCGAGGUUUACUGCACCAUUAAAGAGAGCUCACAGCGAUGUGAGGAGAUGGUGUUGUUCUGCUUAUGGCGAGGGACGAUAGACUGCGCCGGCCUCUUCACCCAGGUCUCCACCAGGAACGGCUUCUGCUGCGUCAUUAACGUGGCCAACAGUUUGACCAAGCCAAAUAUGACUGACCUGUGUCCGGGAGAGAGGCGAGUGAGGAACCACACAGACGGGACGAGGCUUCGAGACAUCAUACCAGACCUGAGCAGCGCCGGCAUUAACCAGGGCCUGACCGUGCUCCUGGACGCCCAGGUUUACGAGUACACCUACAGCACCUACCAUUCUGUGGGCUUCAAGAUGCACCUACAGGAGCCGUCAGGAGCCCCGGGACUGAACCACGAGGGCGUGGUCAUGUCUCCUGGGAAGGAGGCUUUCAUACCCAUCCAGGCUCACUCCACCUUCACUACGCCCGCCGCCCUCCAGCUGCGUCCAGACCAGAGGAAAUGCUUCCUGAACUCUGAGCGGAAACUGAAGGUGUACACAGGGGUGUACUCCCACGAGGCUUGUGUUAUGGAGCACCGUACAACCAUGCUGUUGGAGGCGUGUGGCUGCAGGGAGUAUUAUAUAACGGGUGAAGGAAAGGUGUGCCUGAGCCAGGACGAGAUCGCCUGCGUCAGGAAGUUCGUAGAAGCUUGGCAUCUGAAUGACAUCCACUCGGAGAGCGUGAGCGACUCCUGCUACUCGGGGUGCAACUCCACCACCUACAUGGCCACCCCAAGCUACGCCUCCCUGCCCUCACCCAACAUGGAGAAGACCUGGCUUGGCCUCAGGUUCCUGAUGCCCACCGUCGACACCAUGUGCCGUCUGGGCUUCCUGGACGAGGUACCCAACAUUCCUCAUUUGUAUGUUAUCACAUUUAUUUCCUAG